UGAUGGCUGCCUAAGUAGAAUCAUUAAAAAUGCUAAUGAGUCUUGGAACAGCAGGUAUUUUCGGUAUCUUCUUGGUUAAAAAUUGCUUCUUCACUGUUGAACCUGGACAUUGUGCUAUCAAAUUCAGCAAGUUUUUCGGUCUCUAAGAAGAAAAGUAUAAGGAAGGAUGGCAUUUCAGAAUUCCAUACUUUGAGACACCCAUCGAUUAUAAUAUAUAAACAAGACCAAGAUAAAUUAAGGCCAAUACAGCCAAUAGAGGUAUCUCCUUUUAAAAUAUUCUAAAAGAUAUGCAAAAUGUUCUAUUGACUCUUAGAGUACUCCAUAGACCCUAUAGUGAUGAUCUUCCAACCAUUUAUAGAACUUUAGGAAUUGAUUAUGAUGAAAAAGUGUUACCAUCCAUUGUUAAUGAAACUAUGAGAUCUGUUGUGGCCUAAUAUACAGCCUCCUAAUUAAUGAGUUAAAGAGAUUAGGUUUCAUUCAAAAUCAGACAGGCCCUAGAUUAAAGAGCAGCUUAAUUCAAAAUUGCAAUAGAUGAUGUAUCAAUUACAGAACUCACUUUUGGAAAAGAAUAUUUGGAUGCAGUUGAAGCUAAAUAAGUUGCUUAAUAAGAGGCCGAAAGAGCUAAAUUUGUUGUUGAAUAAGCAAGAGAAGCCAAGAAGAGUAUUGUAAUCAAGGCUUUAGGAGAAGCUAAAUCUAUUGAAUUAGUAGGAAAAUCUGCCUUAACUAAUCCAGGUAUUUUGUAUUUUAAUGUUCUUUUAGCCUUCUUGGAUGUAAGAAGAAUAGAAUAUGCAAGAGAAAUAUCUGCCAUUCUAGCUGAAUCUAGAAAUCAUAUAAUGUUGCCAUCUGAUAUUCUUAAAAUGGAUGCUACAGCACAUAAAUGAGUU